AUGGUCCGUCCCCGGGCCAAGCGAGGGACGCCCCUUCCCCCGCCUCCAGUGAGGCACGGGCAGCCACCUCCCCCGGGUCGGGUCGAACUGCCAGGCGGGUGGGCGGGCACGCUUGUGGUGGCCGCUGCCGCGGAAACCGUCGCCCUCCUCGGCCCCUGCCCCGGGCCCACCCCCUGGCAGCAUGGACUACCUGACCACAUUCACCGGGAAGAGCGGGCGCCUUCUGCGGGGCACAGCCAACCGCCUGUGGGGGUUCCGGGCUGGCGGCGAAGCCCGGCAGGUGCGCUUCGAGGAUUACCUGAGGGAGCCCGCCCAGGGGGACCCCGGGUGCGGGUCCCCGCCCCACCGGCCCCCGGCGCCGUCCAGCCCGGAGGGACCUGACACUGGCCAAAAGAAGACCCUAGACAAGAAGGAUGGGAGACGAAUGUCUUUUCAGAAACCUAAAGGGACUAUUGAAUAUACUGUUGAAUCAAGGGAUUCUUUGAAUAGCAUAGCCCUGAAAUUCGAUACAACACCCAAUGAACUUGUUCAAUUAAAUAAGUUGUUCUCCCGAGCUGUUGUUACUGGACAGGUUUUAUAUGUUCCUGAUCCUGAAUAUGUCUCCAGUGUUGAAAGCUCUCCAUCUCUAAGCCCUGUAAGUCCUCUGUCACCAACAUCAUCUGAGGCUGAAUUUGAUAAAACCACUAAUCCUGAUGUAGUCCAUCUAAAAGAAGCAACACCCCCAUCUACUUUUACUAGUACUAGUAUACGACCUACACGAGUUGUAUCUUCAACUUCUGAGGAAGAAGAAGCAUUUACGGAGAAAUUUCUUAAAAUUAAUUGCAAAUAUAUUACCAGUGGCAAGGGCACAGUCAGUGGUGUGCUGCUAGUUACACCAAAUAAUAUAAUGUUUGAUCCACAUAAAACUGAUCCUUUGGUUCAAGAGAAUGGCUGUGAGGAAUACGGCAUCAUGUGCCCAAUGGAAGAGGUGAUGUCCGCUGCAAUGUACAGAGAAAUUCUGGACAGCAAAGUGAAGGAAUCCUUACCCAUAGAAAUAGAUCAGUUAUCAGGAAAGGGCUUCUGCCAUUCAAAGAAAAUGACAGGAAGUAAUACUGAGGACAUAGACUCCAGAACCCGUGAUGCAGGUAAUGAUAGUGCCAGCACUGCUCCUAGGAGCACUGAGGAGUCACUUUCUGAAGAUGUGUUCACAGAGUCAGAACUCUCCCCUAUACGAGAGGAGCUUAUCUCUUCAGAUGAGCUGCGACAAGAUAAAUCUUCCGGCGCGUCAUCAGAAUCGGUGCAGACUGUCAGUCAGACUGAAACAGAACGUUUGACAAUCAAGUCAGGGUCUCCUAGUACUCCUGGUCAUUUAAAAUCUGAUGCUGAACAUUCUACAAAUGAAAUUGAGACUUUAUCUCAUAAAACUGAUUUAAGUAAUCUUGGAGUGACCACUAAUGAAAGAGAGCAGAUUAUAGAUAACUUUCAAGAGAUAUCAGGCCCUAAAGAACAAAGCUCAAGUGUACAAGGUAAUGCAGAUCAGGAUUUUCUUCUUGGUGAGAACUCCCUACACCAUGAGGAGAGUGAAAACCAAAAUACCUCCUGUGAGGAAACAGCAGAACUGAAACAAAAGCAGACUGUUAGCAAAGGAAAGCAAGGAAAGGACCAAAGUCGGGACUCAGAGACAGAGGUAGAAGAGCUAAGAAAACUCUGGAAAACCCAUACUAUGCAGCAAACUAAACAACAAAGGGAAAAUAUGCAACAGGUGUCACAAAAAGACAUUAAGCAUAAAAUCGCAUCUGCGGAUGGACAUGUAGAAGGUUCUGUGCUUUUAAAAGAAAAGAGAAGGCAUCGAUUACAUAAGUUCUUGUGUCUCAGAGUUGGAAAGCCAAUGAGGAAAACAUUUGUCUCUCAAGCAAGUGCCACAAUGCAGCAAUAUGCACAGAGGGAUAAGAAACAUGAGUAUUGGUUUGCUGUGCCACAAGAAAGGACAGAUCACUUGUAUGCCUUCUUCAUUCAGUGGAGUCCAGAAAUAUAUGCAGAAGAUACUGGUGAAUGUACCAGAGAGCCUGGAUUUAUAAUAGUAAAAAAGAUUGAGGAGUCUGAAACAAAUGAGGAUUCUAGUGAUCAAGCAGCAGCCAGAGAAUGGGAGGUAGUGUCAGUGGCUGAGUAUCACCGCAGGAUCGAUGCUCUAAAUACUGAAGAACUGCGCACACUCUGCAGACGUCUCCAGAUUACUACAAGGGAAGACAUAAAUUCUAAGCAGGUUGCUCCUGUGAAAGCAGAACUGGAGUCUGAAUGUUUUCGACCCAACCUUAGUGAUCCCAGUGAACUUUUACUGCCAGAUCAAAUUGAAAAGCUUACCAAGCAUCUUCCACCAAGAACAAUUGGCUAUCCAUGGACUCUUGUUUAUGGUACUGGAAAGCAUGGCACAAGCUUAAAGACCCUGUAUCGAACAAUGACAGGUUUAGACACCCCAGUGCUGAUGGUGAUUAAAGACAGUGAUGGCCAGGUUUUUGGCGCAUUAGCAUCUGAGCCAUUUAAAGUGAGUGAUGGCUUUUAUGGUACUGGAGAGACCUUUGUUUUUACCUUCUGUCCAGAGUUUGAGGUCUUUAAGUGGACAGGAGAUAAUAUGUUUUUUAUCAAAGGAGACAUGGAUUCACUAGCUUUUGGUGGUGGAGGAGGAGAAUUUGCCCUUUGGCUUGAUGGAGAUCUCUACCAUGGAAGAAGCCAUUCUUGUAAAACAUUUGGGAAUCAUACACUUUCUAAGAAGGAAGAUUUCUUUAUCCAAGACAUUGAAAUCUGGGCUUUUGAAUAAAUACAGUGCUCUCUGUCUCAGCAGAAUAAUGGCCCAAACCUGACAUGGACAAGCAUUGUUUGGAAAGUUCAAGAAGCAAUACAGUGUAACAUGUCACUCAUACUUUAAAAGUCGUCUGUUUCACCAUUUAUUAUAGCUAUGAUUUUGGAGUUUAUUUUUCAAAUCAUGUUUCUGUUCCAGAGUUGUUUAGGUUUAGGCCAUGGCCUGGGUUCAUGCACUAGUAUAACAGCUUGGGUGUUGUCAGAAUUUUGGCAACAGUUUGAUCAUAGCAACAGCCUCAUUUUCAGUUCAUGUUAUUCUUAGUCUCCUAAUAGGAUGGUGCUCUUUUGUUGAAUCUAUUUUGGUUUAUUGUUUUCUUUUUUUAACUAUAUUGAUAAUUUUACUAGAGCAAUCUAAUUGGAGAAUUGAGGAAGUGAAGAUUAGAUACUUCUGUAUCUAUGAGGUUGGCCCAGGUGACAUUUGGACAUGUUCAGAUUAUUCUUAUGAAGGAAAAACCACAAGCCAAAAUAAUACAUACUUCAUAGACCACUGAGUUCUAAUUUUAAUUCAUACUACGACAUUCUCUUUAAUAAUUUUGCAGGUAUUCUCAGUUUCAUUUUAAUAAAAAUGAAAUUUGAGAAGAAGUUUGGUUGUAGUAGGCCAUAUACAGUGCACAUGAUCUGUAGGUUUGGGCAUAUGCUUUCAUCAAUAAAUUAUCGGAUAAUGAGUUACAAAAUUACAAAGGAGAAUGAGAACUUAAUGAUUCUAUUGGAUUUCCAUAUAUUAAGCAAGAAUAUAUACUAUUUACAUAUGUGUAGUUAAGUAGGGCAUUAUCAUCAGUACAAAAACUAUGAAACAGAUGCGUAUUUCUUCAACAUAUUGUGUCAAGUAUGCUGUUUUACAGUUUGGUUGUUUUAUCCUUGUUGCCUAUCAACUCCCAAAAUAUAGGUUACUCCUAUUCAAAAGGAAAAAAAAACUUGUGAUUUGUUUGAGUGGCAUAUGUUCUUAAUACCAUUAGCAUUUGCUCUGAUAAAAGGGCAAUGAUUAUAGUAGACAAUAUUGUAACUCAAUAGACUUGUUGAAUAUGCAAACUUUCUGUCAAGUGACCUCAAAAAAAAAAAAAUUGAAAAGAUAGAAUACACUAGUAGUUCUUAUCCUCUUUUGUAGGAAACCAGUAAUAAGCCAUCGUGGCAAUAAUUCAUCAGUUAAUUUUGAAGCUUCAUGUUAUGCAAAAAAACCAGAAAAACCUGCUGUUAUACAUGUGACAGUGACUUUGUACUGAAAUUUCAGCUAUUCCAGAUAAACACUGUAUAUCUUGUAAAUUAAUCUUUAAAGGUAGUUUUGUUCUUAUAGAAAGUGUUGAUUGCCAGGUUGCUUAUAGCACUUUAAAUUAUUCUAAAAAUGAAAUUAUAAGCCAAAUAUGUUGGCUUAAGUAGAUUUAGUUGUAUAGCACUUGAAUAUAUUUAGUUCUUUUGAAAGUUUAGAUAAUUAUUUAAAGAAAGCAUUAUGCGAAUGGAAAGGAAAAUAAGAUGUUCUAUUACAAUAUGCUAUUGCUGAAUACAAAUAGAAAUAUAGGGCAUCGUUUCCUUGUCUAUGUAAAGCGCUCUUAUUGUAAGUCAGUAACAGUAUAUAGAUUAAAUGUUUACAGUAUAGGGAAUUGUAAAUAAAUAUAUCAGUUUUUUCCCCCUUUGGUCUUCCACAGCAGUAUUAUUGUCUUUGUGGAGUUGACUAAUUAUUAAAAAAAAAGAAGAUCCUGUAAUGGAUUUCAAUUACAAUAAGAUUAUAGUGGUGUAUACCAAAUAAAAUCAAAUACAUAAAUACAAA